AUGGCCGCCCAUUUCGAUCCCCCGGAGUACCCCUGCAAAAAGUCGACCUUGCCGCCCCGUCCCAAGCUCACCGGCGAGCAGGAGGGCAAGUACAAACAGGUGCUCCAGUUUUUGCAGGAGAAGACGGAGUUUCCAACCUCGGAAAAGGGCGCGGAGAAAAACAGCGGGCCCAUGGAGCCGCUGACAGACGAGGAAAAGGCGUGGCUGUCGGAGGAGUGCAUUUUGCGGUACCUCCGGGCCACAAAGUGGAACGUUGCGGACGCGCAGAAGAGACUGCUAUCUACGCUCGGCUGGAGACGUGAAUUUGGAGUGGAGCGAACCCGAUCCAACACAAUUACCGCAGACCGAGUUGCUGUAGAGAACGAGAGCGGAAAGGAGUUGAUUUUCGGCUUUGACAACGACUCGCGGCCGUGCUUGGCCCUCAGAAACGGCCGCCAGAACACCGAGGCGUCGCACAGACAGGUGGAACACAUGUUUUUCAUGCUGGAACGAGCAAUCGACUACAUGCCUCCCGGACAGGAGCAGCUGGCUCUGCUGAUCGACUUCAAGGCCCACACCAAGCUCGGCAAGAAGGUGCCCUCCAUGACCACCGGACGACAGGUGCUUCACAUUCUGCAGACACACUACCCCGAGCGUCUAGGCAAGGCUCUGCUGACCAACCUGCCCUGGAUCGCCUGGACCUUUAUGAAGAUCAUCCACCCCUUCAUUGAUCCCACCACUCGAGAGAAGCUGGUUUUCACCAAGCCCUUCCCCGACUACGUGCCCAAGGAGCAGCUGGAGAAGGAGUACGGAGGAGACGUGGACUUUGAGUACCAGCAUGCCAAGUACUGGCCCAAGAUGAAUGAGAUUGCCGACAAGAAGCACGCCGCUUUCAUGGCGCAAUACCACAAGCUUGGAGGAGGCAUCGGACUCAGUGAGGAGAAGAUGCGACAGCCUCUGGAUGCUGACGACCAGGCCACUUUGGUGGGAGGAAUGAAGAAGCUGUCCGUUUAA